UCAAAUUACGACAGUUACAUCAGUUCGUUUUAAAUAUCCAUUAGAUGCAAAUGAUGAAUUAUCAUUAAAAUAUUUUUGUUUUCCUGAUCAACAUGAUACAAAUAAUAAUCAGAAUAUAAAUUCAUAUCUAUCACCUAUAAAAUCAAAACCAGAAUAUUUUCGUUUUACAUUAACCGAUAUGUGUGGAAUACGACAACAUGGUUAUUGUUCACGUUUUAUACAUAAAGGUAUUUUAAAUGCAUUAUGUAUUAUAUCACCAUAUGAUAUGAUUGAUUUAUAUGAAAAAAUUCUUUCAACAGCAACCCAAUUAUUUAUUUCAUACAAAGAUGAAGAUGCAAAAUUAUUCUUAGAAGAAAUUUAUCCACAUCGUUUACCAAAUCGUGGCGAUACAAUACAUAUACAUACAACAACAGUUGGAUUAUUUACAUUAAAAUGUGAAUAUGAUCGUCGAAAACAAUUAAUUGAUUCAGUUACUUUACUUAGUUUAUCAACAGAUACAAUUAUUAAAAUAUUUUCUUCGAUUCUCUACGAACAAAAAUUAAUUUUUAUCAGUAAUGAACUUGGUCCAUUAACACGUUUAAUUAAUACAUUUAUUUGUCUUUUAUAUCCAUUUUCAUGGCCACAUACAUAUAUACCUAUAUUACCAGCAUUAAUGCUUGAUAUAAUUCAAGCACCAACUCCAUAUAUAAUCGGUAUUUUACGUUCAUGUGAACAUUAUCUAUUUCGAAAUGAUGAAUUUUUAUCUCAAGAUAAUUCUGAUAUUCGUAUUGUUGAUAUUGAUCAUGAUCGUAUACGUACAUUAAAUGAUUAUUUAUUAAAUGAAUCAUAUCGUAAUACAAUUGAUAAUAUAAAUAUAAAUAAUAAUAAUAAUAAUAAUAGUUUUUUACAAAUACAAAUUCUUCCAAAAAUUUUUAAAAUUGAAUUAAAACAAGAAAUAUCAUUAUUAAGAAAAAAUAAAUUAAAUUUAUCUAUUGAUGAAUGUCAACAACGUUUACAAAAUUUAUUUAUGUCUAUAUUUAUACAAUCAUGUUAUAAUUAUAAAGAUUAUUUAAAACAAACAUUUAAUAUUGAUCAAUUUGUUCAAUCUAAACAACAUACAAUUGAAUUAUUUUUAGAAUGGUUUACACGAACACAAAUAUUUGAAUUAUUUAUAAGAAAAAAACUUGAUUCAAAUAUACAAAAUACAUUUGCUAUAACAUUUGAUUUAGCUUGUGAAAAAUAUCGUCGAACAAUAAAAAAACAACCAUCACAACGUAUUACAGUUAAAUCAGUUAAACGAAAAGCAGCUAUAAGAUCAAAUAAACAAGAUAAUCGAUCAUAA